AUGAGGGGUGCUCUCGCGCUCCUCGUCCUCGCUGUGUCAGCAGCGGCGGACCAGCUGUCCUUGCAUCGACCCACAACACAACCUACAAAGCUCGGCGAUGACGUCCACGCAAUGGGCGACACCCUCACGACCGUGCUGUCGGCAUCGGAACAGCACGGUACCUUUAUCCACCUCCUCCAACGCGCCAAGCUCAUCCCCAUGCUGAGCCGCCUCAACGGAUCCGUGUUCGCGCCGACGGACAAGGCCUGGGCGGCGUGGGAGGAGACCCACCGGCCAGCCGGGGACGGGCGGAGCGGUGGCUGGCUCGGCUCCGCGGGACUCGCCGAGUGGCUCGUGUCCACCGACGAGGCCGAGGCGGCUCUGUCUGCGCGUAUCGCCGCGUCGCCCGGGAGUGCCGAAGAAGAGAUCCGCACCGAGAGCGACAACCAGAACUGGGCACUGCAGCAGCACCUGCUGUACCACAUGCUCAACUAUACCCUCACCGAGGACGAGUGGGAACGCUCGCUCGGCACGACCGAGACGUCUCUCCUCCACCCGCUCGGCGACCGGCCACCAAACCCCGUCCCGGGAAACCCGUGGACUCCGGUCCCCACCGAUGGACUGCUGGGUGCACAUGGACAGCGGAUCCGCGUCGACCGGCCCGGAAGCGAGCAUGGUGGCGACCGCGGUCGAAUUGGUGUCAACCACCUCGGCGACGGCGGCGCUGGCGUCUGGGACGGCAGUGGAUGGAAGGAGCCCGACAAUGGCAGCCACCACUUGAAGGACCAGGACGACGGCAAGAAGAAGAAGCCGGUCGGCUUGCGAUGGGUACCCAACGGCGUCGUGGUCGGCCUCGACGGCGUACUCGAGCCCCCCAAGAGCCUCGUCGAGACGAUCCGCAGCCUCCCGCAGCUGUCCUACCUGGCCAAGCUCCUCGAUUCGCCCGAACCCCUCCCGACCCCGCUCCCACCGUGGAUCGACAAGGCACCACAUGUCACCCUCUUUGCGGCCAGCGACGAUGCCUUCGAGGCGGCGUUUGACGACGUCGAGCGCUCGUACCUGGAAGGAGGGUAUGGUGGCGAGAGCUUCAACCGCGUCCUGGGCCCGAGCAUCCUCCUUGCGAUCGAUCGCGAUGUGGGCUGGAAGGAUACGUGGAGCAAGAAGCCGACGAUUGUGAAUGGCGCGCUCAACGUGUCGGCCCCGGUGGACGGCGGCCUGGUCGUCAACGGAACUGCAGCAGAGACUGUGGACAUUUUCACUUCCAAUGGUGUCAUCCAUAUCAUGCCCCGAGUCCUCGUUCCCGAGGGAUUUGAGCUGCUCAACUCGGCCGAAAAAGUGCUGUUAUCGCGCAACGCAACGCGCUUUGUGUCGCUCCUGCGUUCGGCCAACCUCUCCUCGCAGUACAUUGGCGAGCCGGGAAAGAAGAAUACCCACCAGUGGACCAUCCUCGCGCCCACCGACGACGCGAUCGAGUAUUUUGAGUUGUGGAACGGACCCGGCAUGUUGUCUCUGGAACCGCAAAGCGCCGCCGUCUCCUUUGACGACGGCGACGCUCCCGGCGAUGUUGUCAAGCCUAACCCGCCUCCGCCUGACAACUCGCCACUUGCAGCGUUGCUCAAGUACCACGUCGUCCCAGGCAAGGUAUCGCCCAAGACUCUCGAGGACGGCAUGCUGCUUGCCACCGAGCUGCGGACCGCCGCUCUCGGCGGCGAGCGCCAACGUCUCCACGUCGAGGUUUCAGGACGCUCCAAGGCUCACCCGGAAUGGGACCUGGAUGCCGGCGAGAUCCAAUUCGGGGGCGCCAUGGUCGUAGGUUCGCCAGUCAAGAGCGGCGACAGUGUCAUCUACUUUAUCUCGUCACUUCUCGCGCCCCCUCUUGAUGUCCUCCAGACCACCGUCGCCGACCUGCAGCUCUCCACUUACAUUGCGGCCGUGUAUGCUGCUGGUCUCGAGCGCACGACAAAGGCCAACCCGGGCACCACCUAUUUCGUGCCCCGCAACAAGGCAUUUGCCCAACUGGGCCUGGUCAUGAAGUAUCUCCUUCUUCCCGAGUCGCGCGACGAGCUGCGCAGGGUCCUUCGCUACCUGUCGGUGGAAAAACUCGUCUACACUCCCGACGUCGAAUCUGGCAAGACGGUUCUGCGCACGAUCCAGGGCGGCAACAUUGUCCUCGACAAACAGGGCGACAACGGCACCGUCUCACUCCAGUCCCCGUCCAAGUGGGAGGGCCAUGACUCGGGCAAGGCGUUGCCUGCCAACGGCGACCUGCGCCCAGCCAGCCUGGUGACCGACAACAUGCUCGCGGAAACUGGCGUGAUCCACAUUAUCGACAGUGUCAUCCUCCCUGCCGACGCGCAGAUGACUCCUGCAAAACUCAUUCGCGGGUCCAAGCAGCGCGUCAUGGAGGAGCUCAUGACCAAGGCUGGGUUUGGAUGGAUCCUCGAGGGUCGCGAGCCGUCCCUUGCCGAGCUCGAGCACGUGGGUCUCGAGAACGCGAUCCGGCCCCAGGGUUCUGGCUCUGACGAGGACGCUCCUGCCCCCGUCGAUCCGACCGAGCUCGCUCUCCCGGCAUACACGAUCCUCAUGCCAACCGACAAGGCAUUCUCUCGCCUGAACCUCACCCAGUACACGUCGGACCCGGACGCCUUGCUCAGUCUCCUGAAACUGCACAUCAUCCCGUCCAACCUCGGAACGCCACUGCCCAAGGCUUCCGUCGAGCACGCUCCGCGCUAUCCCCCGCGCGACGGCCUGCCCCUCGCCCUCGAGGACGAUGUCGUGUACCCGACGCUGCUGGCUCCGAGUGCACGGUAUGGUGAGCUCGCCUUUCGUGCAUGGGGUGAAAGCGAGUGGCUUGUCGGUGUCCACAAUGCGCGGUCAGGCAGCACGGACCACGGGGCGCGGACAAACGGUGCGGGCCGAUCGAGCGUGCGCUGGCGCAAGGGCCACGACGACAGCAUCUCCAGGUCCAAGGUCACCGCAGGCGACACGGAACCACAGCCCCAGCUCUGGCUUGGCGGCAUGACGCUCGGCGGCGGUGUGAUUGUCCUCGACACGGUGCUCAUUCCGUACGACCCGGGAUGGUGGGAGCGCUGGGCAUGGCUCGUGCUCACCGUCACGGGUGGCGCCGCGGGCGUGUCGGUGCUCUCUAUCUCGGUGUGGUGGUGGUACACGACCACGCGCGCCAAGCGCGAGGGUUACGAGCGCGUCGCGCAGGAAGAAGAGGAACGCGAGCAGGAAGAGGCCAACCGCCGCUGGAGGCGCAUGUCCCGUGGCGAAGGCACGACCCCGCGGCCGAGCGGCAACUUUAUCCGCAGCCGCGACGUCAAUGGCAACGGCAACGGCCAUGGUAAUGCCAUUGACAGCGACGAGGAUAUUUGA